GUUUUUUGCUUGCAUUGUAAUGCUGGUUCUGUUACAGAUCUGAUGCCUUCAUUUAUUCGUCAUGGUCCAACCAUUCCAAGACGAACAGAUAUCUGCCUCCCUGACUCAAGUUCUUCUGCCUACUCUGCUGGUGGGGAUGGAAUACUUUCCAGAAACCAGAGUUUCCUUAGAACUCCAGUUCAGAGGCCACCUCAUGAAAUAAUGAGACGAGAAAGCAACCGCCUGUCUGCACCUUCGUAUCUUGCAAGAAGUUUGGCUGACGUUCCUCGGGAAUAUGGUUCUUCCUCCCAGUCAUUUCUAACAGAAGCUAAUUCUGUUUCAGAAAAUGGAGAUACAGGGGCCCGUUACUACUAUGAUCAUUUUUUUGAUGGACAAAGGAGACGUCAAUUAAAUGAUCGUGUACAUGAGGACUAUAGAUAUUACGAACACAACAAUGAUCUUUUCCAAAGGAUGUCACAAAACCAUGGGAGACACACUUCAGGUAUUGGGAGGGUUCCUGCUACAUCUUUAGGAAAUUUAACAAAUCACAGUACUGAAGAUUUACCUCUUCCCCCUGGCUGGUCAGUGGACUGGACUAUUAGAGGAAGGAAAUACUACAUAGAUCAUAAUACUAAUACAACGCAUUGGAGUCAUCCACUUGAGCGUGAGGGACUGCCUCCGGGAUGGGAGAGAGUUGAGUCAGCAGAAUUUGGAGUCUAUUACGUGGAUCACAUCAAUAAACGAGCUCAGUAUAAACAUCCAUGUGCUCCCAGUGUUCCCCGAUACGAUCAACCUCCUCCAGUGACCUAUCAGCCUCAGCAAGCUGAAAAAAGCCAGCCCCUCCUAGUACCUGCAAAUCCAUACCACACUGCAGAGAUUCCAGACUGGCUACAGGUCUAUGCCAGGGCUCCUGUAAAAUAUGAUCACAUUCUGAAGUGGGAACUCUUCCAGCUAGCAGACCUGGACACGUACCAGGGAAUGCUGAAGCUGCUCUUCAUGAAAGAACUGGAACGAAUUGUUAAACUGUAUGAAGCAUACAGACAAGCCCUUCACAGUGAGCUGGAGAACCGCAAGCAGAGGCAGCAGUGGUAUGCACAGCAACAUGGCAAGAAUUUUUAAACUAACAGGUUUUUUGGGGAUUUUUUUUUAAACUUGACUUUUAUGAGGACACUAAAAGCUUUAAAAGAUUAUUUUCACUUUUUUUUUAAAACCAUGAACAAGUGCUUUGGUUAAAAAGGCAGCUUAUUUUUGUUGAUGUUGCACCUUUGUAACUAUCUUCUUGAAUUGUUUUCUACAUAUAUUAUGUACUGUUCAUAGAAUGAAAAAUGUUUGUUAAUCUUUCUCUGUGCAAAAAAAAAAGUUUAGUCUAUUUCGAGAGCCAGUGUGGGGUUUGAAAUGGACUUCAUCCUGGUAUCUCCUGGUAGCAGCCAGCUAUAGUAUUAAGAAGCUGACUUCUAUAUUUUUAAACAGCAGCAGAUGCAAUUACAAAGAACGUCAUGGAUGCAAAAUAUUAAAAUCAAAAUUCAUCAUUUUAUUCCCCUUCAUAUGUCCUACAUUAAUCUCUGGAGAGAGACUGCUCUCAUUUACAACUUCAAUGUACAGAACACCAACAUUGUUACUUUCCAGCAGCGCCUGCCAGUAGUGCAGAAACAGAUCCUUUUCAAUCAGAAUAAAGUGCUUCAUCGACAAAAUGAAGCAUGAGGUUGCCUUAUCUUUUUACUCUGUUUUUAUGCAGCAGAUCACUUUAGAUCUGCCACUAGUCUGCACAGAAUUUUGUCAGAGGGAAAAUGACCUGCAAGCCUCUCAGAGACUAAGACCAGCACCCACACAUGCUGAGCUGACUGUAGUUUAUAAUGAGGCAUGUUGGGCGAUGUUAGAAUUAUCCAGCUGACUUUAUCAACCUUAACUCUCCAUGAUAAAAUCAGGGAAUUUAAAGAAUCAAAAUUUUUUUGCAAAAACAUUGUCCUGUAGCAAAGUUCUCUUUAUACAUGAUUUUUUAAAAUUGUACAGGUACCCGUUCCUAUAUUUUCUUGGGUUCCUUAGCUGUCUGAAAUGUUAUUUAUGGAUCCUUUUUAGUGCAAUAAUUAUUGUUGCAGACAAGAACUACAUUUCCUGUAAAUCACUUCAAUAAAUUUGUUUUUUGGUUAA